CCUGCACUGUUGUAGGGGGCAGAUGGACUGUCGGAGCCCGAGGGCAUCUCUCUGAAACGCGUUGCCGUGGUGGAAGAUUUCUUUGACAUCAUAUACUCAAUGCAUGUGGAGAACUCGUCGGAGCCAGGCAAAGCGCCCAAGCAUGCCGGGCAGAAGAAAACCUACCGAGCGAUUGCAGAGACCUAUGCUUUCCUUCCAAGAGAAGCUGUGACCAGGUUUCUGAUGAGUUGCACGGAGUGCCAGAAGAGGAUGCAUUUCAACUCCAACGGACUGGAGCCCAAAGAAAGCGAGCCGCCCUCCUCUUUGGUCUCGGGAAUCAUCGAUUACAACAUGCCGCUCACCUCCACGUACUUGAAGCAGAUGAAGCUGCGGGUCAUGAAUUCACAAGAGCAGGAUGAGACAUCGGUGAGCAGCGAGGAUUUUGAUAUGAAUGACUCCACAUGGAUCUCAGCUGACCAGCAUCUGAACUCCAGCUUGAGCCCCAGCCAGGACGAGAGCAUGCGCAGCCCUCAAAACCUCCACAGCCAGGAGGAUGACGACUCCUCGUCGGAGAGCUGCAGCGGGAACGGCUCCUCCACCCUGAACCCCUCCACCUCCAGCAGCACCCAGGGGGACAGCGCCUUCCCCGAGAUGAACGGCAAUGGCACGGCCGCCCCCAUGGACUUCGCUGCCUCGACUGAGGACCAGCCCAUCAACCUGUGCGACAAGCUCGCACCCACCCACGUCGCUCCGUCCUACCCGCCGGACGGCUGCAGCGCGGACGGGCUGCGGAGCCGGGUGAAGUACGCGGCGAAGACAACGGCAGAGUCUCCCCCCUAUAGCUCCGGCAGCUAUGACUCCAUCAAGACCGAGGUCAGCGGCUGCCCCGAAGACCUGACUGUCGGCCGAGCGCCAACAGCUGACGAUGACGACGAUGACCACGAUGACCACGAGGACAAUGACAAAAUCAACGACUCCGAGGGGAUGGAUCCUGAGCGGCUGAAGGCCUUCAACAUGUUUGUGCGUCUCUUUGUGGAUGAGAAUCUGGACCGGAUGGUUCCCAUCUCCAAGCAGCCCAAGGAGAAGAUCCAGGCCAUCAUCGAGUCCUGCAGCCGGCAGUUCCCCGAGUUCCAGGAGCGGGCUCGCAAGCGCAUUCGCACUUACCUCAAGUCCUGCCGCCGCAUGAAGAAGAACGGCAUGGAGAUGACCAGACCCACCCCACCCCACCUGACCUCAGCCAUGGCAGAAAACAUCCUGGCAGCCGCCUGCGAGAGCGAAACACGGAAAGCAGCCAAGAGAAUGCGGCUGGAGAUCUACCAGACAUCCCAGGACGAGCCCAUCGCUCUAGACAAGCAGCACUCCCGCGACUCCACGGCCAUCACCCACUCCUCCUACUCACUGCCAGCUUCGUCUUACUCCCAGGACCCGGUCUACAUCAACGGGAGCCUGAACUACAGCUACCGUGGCUAUGGGACCCUUGGGGGCAGCCUCCAGCCACCCACUUCGCUCCAAACAGGGAACCACAGUAAUGGUCCCACUGAUCUCAGCAUGAAAGGGGGGGCAUCCAGUACAGCCCCGUCCAACAGCACCAGCAGGGGGAUGCAGGCCGCCCAGCUCAGCCCCACGGAGAUCAGCGCGGUGAGGCAGCUGAUUGCCGGCUACCGAGAGUCUGCGGCUUUUCUCCUCCGGUCGGCAGAUGAACUGGAAAACCUCAUUUUACAGCAGAACUGACUCCGGGCGUCCGCGUAGCUCCUCUGUCAGAAGACAAUUGACAUCCUCUAGAAAGAGGCUCCCACUCGUGUCCUGCUCAGGACCUACCAUCGUCCUCCCACCAUGCAGGUGGUACAUUUCCUUUGAAGAAGUGGAAUCCAAGAGACCCGUUUUCUUUCACACUCCGAGCACCUGGGACUUUGGGCACAAAGACGCAUUUUCGAACCAUACUGCACAGACCAGAAGCCAAAUGUGCGACUUGGACGGGUGCGGGACUUUCUAGGGUGGAAGGGAGCCUGGGGAGGUUGGGGCUGCAGCUGUAUUUAGGAGACCCUUUGUGGACCCCACUGUUAGAGUUCCACCCCCAGAUAAUUACCUUUCCAGUCUUAGGUGAGCUGAAUCGCAUAUUUAUUGAGAAAUGGACCCUCCUCUCCCCUUAGUAAUUUAUUUUUCUGAAAAUGGAUUCGUUUAAGUUUGUACAGGUU